CUAAAAAAAACCUGUAAUGAACCGUUCCACUCUGUCAGUCUCUCGCUAAAUCUCUCUCUCUCUCUCUCUCUCUCUCUUGCCGGCGGUUUUCACUGACCAGAGGUCCGCUGAUCGCCAUUUCUGAUCUUCGAUCGAUCUGGAACUUCGCUCCGUACAGAUUCGAAGGCCGAUCCCCUCCAUGUUCGUCAAAAAGCUCGUCGAGAAGGCUUCGAAGAAGCCUGUAGCGAACUUAGACGGUGUAAAAUCCGAAGAAGUAGACCCACGUCUGGUUUUCCAUUAUGGCAUUCCAUCAGGAGCUAUCUUGCUGGCUUAUGACUCAAUUCAGCAGAUUCUGGCCAUCUCCACAAAAGAUGGCCGAAUUAAAUUACACGGAAGUGAUUACUCUCAAGCCAUAUUGGAAUCCACUGUGGCAGUACCAAGCAAGUUUUUGAAGUUUCUUGAGAACGAAGGCAUCCUUCUAAAUGUAAAUGCCAAUAACCAAAUUGAGGUCUGGGACAUCAACAUGAAGGUUUUAUCUCAUGUACACGUCUUUAAAGAAGAAAUCACCUCUUUUACAGUCAUCCAGCAUAGUCUCUUCAUGUAUGUUGGAGAUUCUACUGGUACUAUUUCCGUUUUGAAGCUUGAUAAGGAGCCAUGGAAUGUUGUGCAAAUGAAAUACUGUAUACCUCUUUCAGCAUCUCAUGAUGGAGUUGUAGGAGAUACUUCUGUGAUGCAUAUAAUGCCUCAACCAACAGCUGAAAGCAAAAGGGUCCUUAUAAUCUAUAGAGAUGGUUUCAUAACACUAUGGGCAAUUCAAGAAAGCAAAGCCAUUUUUUCGAGUGGAGGAAACAUAUUACCCGCGGUGAGCCAUGAGUCCAAGAAAGUGACAGCUGCGUGUUGGGCUUGCCCCUUUGGAAGCAAAGUGGUUGUUGGAUAUAGCAAUGGGGAGAUUUUAAUUUGGAGUGUUCCUACUGCCUCAGCUUCAAAAACUGAACUGACGCUUGACAAGCACUUAUAUGCCACUCAAAGUGCUCCUAUUUGUAAACUGAAUCUGGGAUAUAAGCUGGAUAAAAUCCCUAUAGGAUCUCUAAAGUGGGCUUAUGCAGAUGGAAAAGCAAGCCGAUUAUACAUAAAAGGCUUGUCGGAUGCUAUGUCUGCCAACUUGUUGCAGGUAGUUUUAUUGAAUGAGCAAACUGAAACUAGGACGAUUAAGUUAGGGCUUCAUUCAUCGGAGCCUUGUGUUGAUAUGGAGAUCAUUUCAAACUCCAAUGAGCAGAACAAGCGUAGACAAGAUGCUCUCCUUCUGCUUGGGAAAUCUGGUCAUGUUUAUGCCUAUGAUGACUGUGCAUUAGAAAAAUAUUUAUUGCAGAGCCUAUCGAAGUCCCCACCAUCACUCCCAAAAGAGAUAUUGGUAAAGCUUCCAUAUGCUGACUCCAGCAUAUGUAUAGCAAAAUUCAUCACAGAAAAUCAGUAUUCAUUCGGUUCCGGUGAUGAGGGCAGUAGUUUGCUGGAAAAGCUUGCUCCAUCACUAUUUUCAUUUGACAUGAAGCUGAAAGAUGUAACUCAGUCCACACAAUUUAGUGGGUUUUCAAAGAGUAAGAACUUGUACAUAACAGGACACAAAAACGGAGCCAUAAACUUUUGGGAUGCGUCAUGCCCAGUUAUGCUCCCUAUUGCAUCAGUUGUUCAACAGAGUGAGGUUGAUUUUUCUUCAAGUGGAGUAGCACUGACAGCAUUGUAUUUUGAUUGCAACUGGCGGCUUCUUAUUUCUGGAGACCAAAGUGGAAUGAUUCGCAUUUUUGGGCUUAAACCUGAGUCAUUCUCCCCUGUAAACAGUUUUAUAUCCUUACAAGGAAUUUCGAAGAAAGGAAGCAAUCAAAUUGUCCAGAGUCUUAAACUUGUGAAGGUUAAUGGAGCUGUACUUUCCAUUGCCGUAAACUUCAGCUCAAGAUGUCUUGCUGUUGGGUCUGAUCUAGGAUAUGUCUCAUUGAUCGAUAUGGAGGGGCCAACUGUACUGUAUCAAAAGCAUUUUGCAAGUGAACUGUGCACAGGAGUCAUCUCUAUGCAGUUUGAAACUUGCAGCUUCCAUGGUUUUGAGAAGAAUGUUAUAGUUGUGGCAACAAAGGAUUCUUCAGUUUUGGCGAUUGAGAGCGAUACAGGAAAUACUCUUGGUUCUGGCUUGGUCGGUCCUACUAAACCCUCCAAAGCUUUAUUCAUGCAGGUUUUAGAUGGGAAGGAAUCAGUUUUGAUUUGUUCUGAGAAAGCUACUUAUGUUUAUUCGUUACAGCAUGUAGUCCAGGGUAUCAAGCAGGUGCUUUACAAAAAAAAGUUCCAUUCUUCAUCUUGUUGCUGGGCAUCAACAUUUCAUACUCCUGAUGCUGCUGGCCUUAUACUUGUCUUCUUGAAUGGAACUGUUCAAAUAAGGUCCCUACCGGAUUUGUCCCUUUUGAAAGAAACAUCAAUUAGAGGUCUUACAUUGUCAACUCCAAAGCUAAAUUCGGUUGCAGCAUAUGCAAUGUGCUCUUCAUUGGACGGAGAACUUGUCGUGGUGAAUGGUGACCAGGAAAUGUUUUUUGUCUCGAUUUUGCUCCAAAAGAAUACAUACCGGCAUUUGGACUCCGUUUCCCGAGUUUACAAGAAAGAUCUUAUAACUGUGCCAAGGGUUAUUUCUGCACCUGUCAUCCCCCAAGAAAAGAAAAAGGGUAUAUUUGGCUCUUUAAUGAAAGAUAAGACAGGAAGUAAAGCAAAACAGAUGCCCGAAGAAGAAGCUGAAACUGCAAGUAUUGAAGACCUCUCAACCAUAUUUUCAGUCGACAACUUUCCAUCUUUUGCUGAAAGCAGAGCUAACCUGGCCAUGGAUGAAGAUGAAGUUGCAUUGGAUAUAGAUGAUAUCGACCUCGGAGAUCCACAAGGAAAACCAAAGGGAAAUCCUAUAAUGGCAGCACUAAACAAACAAAAAUUAACAAGCAAAUUUCAGGCACUUAACAAGCAAAUUUCAGGAAAACUGAAGGACAUGAAAGGGAAUAAUGAAAAAGUGCAAACGAAGGAAGUGCCAACAAAGGAAGUGCCAAUAAAGGAAGAGCCACAAGAUGAGAAGGCUGGAGCAGUUGAUCAAAUUAAGAAAAAAUAUGGAUUUGGUCUGUCUGGUGAUUCAAGUGCUGCAAAGAUGGCACGAGAUAAAUUGAGCGAAAAUGUGAAGCAGUUGCAGGGCAUCAACAUCCGAACUACAGAGAUGCAUAACUCGGCACAAUCAUUUUCCUCUAUGGCCAAAGAGGUCCUGCGAUUAACCGAAAAUGACAAAAAAAGCUCGUGAUCCUUGCAUAAUGUAUACGACCAGUGGAAUGUAAACAUCCCUAUUUGAUGAUCAUUUUUUUCUCUGAUUUAUUAUUCAUGUAAAUUAAGUUAUUAGGAUAUGAGAAAGCAAAAACAGGUGUGAAGGUGUGGUAAAGUGGUUUCCAAGUUAUCCUAAGGAAAGUGGUUGAAGGGAUGUAAAUUUGACUAGUGAAUCAAGCUUCUUACACUAGUACAUUUGAAAUCCAUACAAAAUCCUAAUUAUUUCAGUGUGAA